CAGACCGCCAGUCACAGGCACAGUCAGUAAAAGAGAUUAACGAACAUAAGCCGGCAACAUAAAGAAAUCCUUUAUCUGCUUCGCCUUGGUAUCGAAAAGUUUAGUGGUGCAAUAGUUGCUGCUGGAAGAAAGUUGGAUAUUCGUUACGGUAUCUAAUGUGCCAUAUAAGAAAAAUCAGGGUGAUCUUCGGUACAGUUGAAACAUGCGUGAAUUAAACUUUUACAUGCUCCCCUGCUGACAAAAGAGUGGGCGAUUUCGAAGGACGAAUCGCGUCUGCUCUAGUUACGAUAAAGCAAAGUUGCGCUGAAGUAGUAAUCCAUUGGAAGGUGCUAAAAAGAAGUGCAGCACUUCAGCAGAAAGACUCCCAGAACAGGCCACCAACGGGUGUGUACGGUGUACCAGUACCAGUGUGUUCCAGUUGAGUUGUGUUUGUGGGAGAAGUAUUCUUUUUCUGGAAGAGUUUCGUUGUCGGCUUUGCUGAGUGCGCAAGGGAGAGCAGAAAUUACGUGUGUGCGUUUGGUUUAACGUGUGUGUGUUCUACCAUUUGCCAUCCAUCAGCCACAUUUUUCUCCAUUCUUUUGGCACACACCGCACAAAGAAGUAACCAAAAAACGAGACUUUCACAAAGAUUUUUUAACUAGUUUCUCGAAAGUGCUUUAGUUUGAAUUUUGAACCUGUGUCGCGAGUGAAAAAUUAAGGUGUAAAACACUUAGAUAAAUUGUGACCGCGAGAGUGUGCUGGAGACGGAUUAUUCCUGGUCAUCAUCACCGUUGGAAUGUCAUCAGUGGUGUCGAUAUUAUGACCUCAUUACCAGUGCUGACAACAACCUAGCGAUGAUUGUUUGAAUCGAUAAGGGGCAGGACCUAUUCGGCUCAACGCACUCAUUUUGCGUCGUCGUUUCUAGCGAACAUCUAUAGUGGUCCCAUUGCCGAUAACCGGUCACAACAAAAAACGAACAGAGCGCACUGGCGUUGGUCGGCCGAAUACAUAACAUUUUGCCAAACUGGCACGGUGCCAAAAAUAUUAAUAUCACUAGCCACCAGAACCAAACGCCAUCGAAUCGGGACUUAAAUCAGAGGAACAAAAUUUACAAAAGCCCUCGGUCACCUCCUCUCCACACUGCCGAGUUUUAGCUGACGGCUGACGAUUUAAAAGUUACCAAUUACAUGUGUGUGGUUAGUCGGCCGCUCUGCGCCAUAAUAACAGACGCUGAGGAGGGGCUCGAAAAAGUUGGAAAACCACUGUCAGCACCACGGACAGUGAUCCAGUUUUUGCGGUAGCGAAUAAUUUCGAUCGAAACCAAUUUCAAUCUAGGGCAGUGCCACCACCGAACUACCGGGCAGGAUCAUCGUUCCUAGAAGCAGCAGCAAAAAAAAAAAAAAAAAACGUGAACAUAUAGUAGCCAAAGACAUGGCAUCAACCCAAACUAACAGGGAAUUUGUCGAAGGAUGGACUUUGGCACAGACGCUCGGAGAAGGGGCCUACGGGGAAGUGAAGCUGCUCAUCAAUCGUCAGUCGGGUGAGGCCGUCGCUAUGAAGAUGGUUGACCUGAAGAAACAUCCGGAUGCGGAAAGUUCCGUCAAGAAGGAAGUCUGCAUCCAGAAGAUCCUGCAGCAUCCCAACAUAUUAAAGUUCUUCGGCAAGCGGACGCAAGGGGACAUCGAAUACAUCUUUCUCGAAUACGCCUCCGGCGGGGAGCUUUUUGACCGAAUAGAACCGGAUGUUGGGAUGCCCAUUCCUGAAGCCCAGCGCUAUUUCAAUCAGCUGCUAGCCGGCGUGGACUAUCUGCACAACCGAGGUGUUGCUCAUCGGGACCUGAAACCUGAAAAUUUAUUGCUGGAUGAGCAUGACAAUGUGAAGAUCUCCGAUUUCGGCAUGGCAACUAUGUUUAGAAUGAAAGGACGCGAACGAUUGCUGGACAAAAAAUGCGGUACACUGCCAUAUGUAGCACCGGAGGUGUUAGUAAAGCCAUAUCAAGCCACACCCGCUGACUUGUGGUCCUGCGGAAUAAUCCUAGUCACCAUGCUUGCAGGCGAACUACCAUGGGAUCAACCGUCGUCAGGCUGCCCGGAAUAUCUCUGCUGGAAGGAGAACAAGUAUACCUCGGCGACCCCCUGGAGUAAGCUGGACACAUUGAUACUCUCGUUAUUAAGGAAGAUCCUGGUGCCGAACCCAUCCCAGAGGCUGACGCUGGAAAAGAUACAAGACCACAAGUGGUGCCAGAUGCAGUUUAAUCGACAGCAGGGUCUUGCGGAUAACAGUGGACGAGAUGCCGUGAACGGCAUCGUAUCUCCACGUUCAAAGCGACUCUGCUCGAAUCAGGAUCUGUCUACCCCACUGGACGACUCCAUCUCGCGAAUGUGUCAAUCGCAACCAGUUCCGAUGAUAACUCACACCGAAGUGAACGGUGUCGAGGAAGCUAUCGAAGCACGAAACGGCUUCUGUUUUUCACAACCCACUUUACUGGAUGAUCUGAUCUUGUGUACUCAACUAAACCCGACGCAAUCCGUCGGAGCCACCCAAUCUAAUCCCUUUCAACGUCUAGUACGCCGUAUGACACGCUUUUUCGUCUCGACAAAAUGUGACGAAACGUUGAAACGUCUCUCGAUAACGCUGGAGAAACUGGGUUACACCUGGAAAUCCAACGAUGAAGGUGUUAUCACGAUUUCGACCAUCGAUCGCCGAAAAUUGCAACUGAUUUUCAAAGCAAACAUCGUGGAGAUGGAUGGAAAAAUACUGUGCGACUUCCGACUGUCGAAAGGUUGCGGUCUGGAGUUCAAAAGACGAUUUAUUCGGAUCAAGCAGAGCUUGGCUGAUAUUGUGAUGAAGGGUCCGGUUACGUGGCCCAUUGCCAUUGCGACUAACUCUGUGCCUUAGGAGCUACUGCCAAGAAUUCUUUUUAGAAUUUUUACGGUAUUUUGCAACGGAUUCUCGAACGGUUAAAACUCACUUUGAUAAUGCCUCUUUUGUUCUUGAUCUUCAAGUAUACGAUGCUCCAGCUGUUAUCAUGUACAUUUAAAACAUAAGUGAUAAAGCCAGAUAUAUGAUUCUCUUUUCUACUUGAUCGAAAAACUCGCCCAAAGAACAAUGAGUGUCCUAACAUAUGAUUACUGAAGGAGAAAAUAAACGUUUUAUAUCAAAUAAAAAAAUAAAUACACAAAAAA